AUGUCAGAUCAAGAAGCUGAAUACAUGGAGGGGACUCCAAAUAGUGAUCCCACUGCUACCGAUAUUAAAAUAGUCCAUAUUGCACACGCAAUGAUAAGAUACAUCCUAUCAGUAGCAACAAAUACCAACACGGUAAUUACAAGAUCCAGAUUACAAGAUAAGAUACGUGAUCUGAAAAUCAAAGAAAAUGCUCCUAAUGUAAAAUUUGAACUUAUAUUUGAACGAAUAAACGCAAUAUUGCUCGACGUCUAUGGUUAUAAGUUAAUUGGCUACCAAAGUUCGAGCAGCCAUCAACAUACAGAGAAUUCGAAUGGUGAGACUAAUACAGAGAGCAAUGCGAAGGAAGGCUCAGAUGCUGAUGAAAUUGAAAACAAGAAUGUAGUUUCUGAUAAAUUUGCACAUCGAUCCAAUAGUUUUAUAUUGAUUAACAAUUUGAAAUACGUACAUAGCUUUGAAAGCUUCAUAUCACUCCAAAAGAGUUUACAAUACCGAAAGACAAUAGUCGAUGGGGAAUACAUAGGGAAUGAUAAUGACCAGCCAGCAUCUCAAACGCUAGACAACUCCAUUGGCACGGAUAAAUUGUUGGCGAUGAAUGGUAUACUGGCAAUUGUGAUCAGUAUGAUUGCAUUUUCAAAAAACAACAUUUUGCAUAAUGAACUGACGGGAUACUUGCAGCAAUUUGGAAUACCAAUUGAUGACACCGCUAAUAUACCAAUAUUAGAAAUGAAGUUCAGCGAACUAUUGAAGGUUUUUGUAAAGAGAGAAUAUGUAGCUAAAAUCGAAGAAAACUCAAGCAUGGAAGGUGAUAUAGUGACUUAUAGGUUGGGAAGAAGAACGAAAGCUGAGUUCCCAAUAAAAUCAUUAGUUUCAAUGGUCCAAACGAUUUUAAACAUUCCUAAUGAACAACUCCCGAACUUGAAAAAAGAUAUAAUAAAGAACAUAGGCGAUACAUAUUCAUAG